UAAAACAUCCAUAUCCUACGCCAAAGAUUGACUGAUUAACAUGACACGACAAUAUUUCUUCUCUCACUUUCAUUCAAAUCAUUACACCAAAUGUCACUCACAUUAAUCAUCAAUUUUCUCCUAUAUAAGUACACACACAUGUUACCCCUCAAAAAUAACUACAUUCCCCUACUAAAAAUAAUUCAAACCAUAGUAUAAAAAAACUUUCAUUAAUUUUCUUAGCUAGCACAUGGAGUGUAACACUAUCUCUUAUUCUUAUGGGUCAUGUUCAAAGAGAAAGGAGAAAAAAGGUGUGAAAAAAUCCAAAGGAAGUUCAGUGAAACUUUCAACUGAUCCACAAAGUGUUGCAGCUAGAGAAAGAAGACAUAGAAUCAGUGAUAGGUUCAAGAUUCUUCAGAGUAUGAUCCCUGGUGGAAGUAAAUUAGAUACUGUUUCUAUGUUGGAGGAAGCUAUUCAUUAUGUUAAGUUUCUUAAGAAACAGAUUUGGCUUCAUGAAACAUUGAUUAACUUUGUUGAUGAUAUUGGUGAGUCACACAUGUUGCUUCCUCAAGAUUAUUCUUCAAAUGAUAAAAAUAUUCCUUCAGGUACAUUUGAGUCUAUGCAGAAUUUGCCACAGUUACCACUAGAGCAGUUUUGUUUUCAAGGAGAUAAAGAUAUCAAAACCAUCUUUGAUGCCACUAUGAAAUAUUAAUUAGUCACUAUCUUAAAUUAGUUGUGAGCUUUUGUAAUGGUUGAAUGCUAUAUAUCUUAUGAGUGAUAUUAAUGUAGUGAAAGUUCAAUGUAGAUUUUGCAUGUAAUUGUUGCAUACUAGAAGUGUCUUUGUCUAUCAAAAAGCACUUAUUCUAUGUGCCAAAAAUGCAACAUGUAUGGUCUUGGUGAUUAUUUGCAUUGAUGUCUUAUGUAGAGCAAGGUUUUUGAAAGAGACAACAAAAAUUUGUCUUGUUUUGUGUUUUUGUAACAUCGAGGGUCAAUGUAGCCAGGGCCGUUUGAUA